AUGGGGUCUCAGCCAGAAUUGACUCAGAAGUCUGAGGUAGUCCCUGAGAUGGAAAACAAGGAAGUUGCUCAGCCAAAAAGCGAUUCCCAACCUGCUCCAAGUUCGCAACCUGAGACGGCUGAGGUGAAGCAACUCUCUCAGAAGAUGACGGAGCUUUCUUCCCAAGAAAAACCAGACGAGGAAACUGUCGCCGGUGAAGGGGCGAUCGUUGAGAACGGUGGCAACUCCCGUGUAGACUGCGGUGGUUUUGAUGUAGAGGGCUGGAGAUUUUGGGACGAUGCUUCCACUAAUCCUUCCUCCCAAGAAGGCUAUCAACUUCGAUGGGGGAAAACGGAUUCGAUGGCGAAGAAACGAGCGCGAACGGGAAACCCCUACCAGCGAAUCAACGAGGGAACUCAAACUAGCCCGAAGAAAGCUCACCAGGAUUCAUUUUCUCAGACUGGCUCCUCCCUCUUUGGCGAAGAAGAAGACCCACAACUUCCCGAAUCCUUGGGUCAAGUGAUUCCUUCCCCCGCUGAUGAAGGGGAGAACACGAUGAAGGCUCCUGAAGCUCCCGAAGAGAAAGAGGAUGUUCUGGAGGCCAACGCUGGCAAAUCCCAGGAAGAAAACGAGAAGUCUGCGAAGGCUGAAUCUCAGAAAUAA